CUCGGAAGUUGGAACCGUGAAGCAGGGAAGUGCAAAUAUCGGAAAGUACGGAGGUCGGAUACCAGACAAGUCGUCUUUGAUCAACGAUUGAAGCAUUUGAGAAGACGCAGAGAUCAUUGGAAUGUCCCGUUUGGACUUCAAUAUUUCACCAUUUGUGGAAAAUGGCGAUGGUCACACAAGCACCAGAUGGGAGGCCUGGAAAGACCAAUUUCUAGCGUAUUUGGCUCUCAAGUCCGUUGAAGAUCAUGAUGAAAAAUUCAAAGCUCUCAUGUGUUUCGGCGGUACCGAUGUUAGGAAAAUCGCCCAAACCGCUAAAUUUGGAAAAUCACAUUUGUUGGAUAAUUCAUUUCGCGCGGCGAUGGAAGUUUUAGAUGAGUAUUAUUCACCCAGGAUGUCUCUGCGGUACGAAAGAUUUCGAUUCCGUCAAAUGAUAUUCAAUCCUCACGAGAAGUUGGAUCAUUUUGUAAUUCGUUUACGAUCGCAAGCGGCAUUAUGCAAGUUUGAAGAUCAGUUGGAUGAGAUGAUAAUGGAUCAAAUCGUUUUUGCUACAGAAAGCGAUGAUAAAUUACGUGCAAAAUACUUGGAGUAUGAUAGAUCUUUGGAUGACAUGCUGAAGGUUGGCCGUACAUACGAAUCGGUCAAAGUUCAGGUUCAAGAAUUACGUAACAAAUCUUCAACUGAUUCUGUAGAUGUUUCUGUAUGCGAAAUCACGAACAAAAAGUUUAAGUGCAAUCGAUGUUCAGGAAAUCAUUCAGGCAACGAUUCCAAAUGUCCUGCCCGUACUGAAACAUGUCGUCUAUGUGGGAAAUUUGGACAUUUUUCAAGAUGCUGUAUUUCGAACAAAAAGAACUCCCUGAAUGAAACAGAAGUUUAUUCGAGAAGUAGAGAAGUAGAUGAUGUCACAGAAAAGAUUGAAAUUCGUGAAUUAUUCCAUCUUGGUGGAAAACGGUUCGUUGCUAUCGAUGUUGGAGGAGUGGAGAUAAAGUUUAUUGUGGACACGGGAGCAGAUGAGGAUGUGCUGAGCAUUGAAGAUUGGAAAAGGCUGAAACACAUUGGAUUCAAUGGAUUUGACGUAUGGUGGACAUUGUUGUAA